AUGGUUUAUAUAUUCAACUAUAUAUUAGUGAAAAAAGAAAUACAUGCAGGUGAACCACAUCGAAUAAAAAAAUCUGAUUUAAAUGAAUUGUUUUCAUUAGAAAAUGGUUGGACAAUCGAAUCAAUUGAAGAUUUUAUUUAUGAAUCGACGAGUGCUAGUCCAUUCGGAUUAGAUGGUCGAACUUAUCUUUCAUUAAUUCGACAUAAUAAAAAUAUUAAAUAUUGA